AUGGAGCCAGCAAACGGCACCCCCGCUCCACCCCGCGCUCGAGUGGAACGAGGCCGGUCGCGGAAUGGAUGCCAGACUUGUGUCGCAAAGCGCGUCAAAUGCGAUGAACAACAUCCCUGUUGUGGUCGAUGCGCUCGUUUAGGUUCUGCCUGCGAAUGGGUCCGGACCAGACCGUCGCUAGCGGCCAGGAGGCGCGGUUUCGGCCCGAUAAAGUAUCGCCAAACCAACGAUUGGACCCCCAAGCCCCUUCUGCCAAAGUCAAGAGGACUGGCGAGGGAUGACGUUACACACACGGGGAGAGAGGAGGGGUCGGCAGGGAUUUCGAACCUCUCAUCAUCCCGUCCAACCUCACCGUUGAGGUCGAUCUGCGAAUGGGACCUAUCUGCAACCGAGUGUCUGCCACCAUCCGCACAGGACAGUUCAAUUGGGAAUCUUCAGGAUGUGAUUACCCCCAUCUGGCUCACGGCUGCCACCCCACUCUUUCUCGUGGAUGCCACAGAAAGAAGUCCCUCGCUGGGCAGUAACGAUAGGCAGGCCGUGGCUUUCCACCAUUCGGUACUCGCUCCGCUGAAGUCUACGCGGCCACCGCUGUUCUCUGCACACGCACUUUUCCUCCGGCAUACAUGGAACAAACGAAUCGCUCUGCAUUUCCUUCUCGCGGUGUCGCAUAGCGAGAUAGCCAUCUACCACGGCCAAGGAAGCCACCCGACUGCCGAGUCACGCUUCCACUUGCAAAAGGGGAUUGAACUCCUUGUCCAGGUAUGGAAUCCGGUCGCUUUGGCUGAUCAUCUAGAGGUGAUGUUGUCUUUCCUAUACAUGUAUAUGUUUUGGAUGCGGCGAGAUCGGUUAGCUCCGUUGAGGUUUCAGGCCUUGAGCUCCACGGUUUUAGCUUACGUGAGGCUGUAUGGAAUAAAUCGCCUCUGCACGAACGAAGAAAUAGUUUCAACCUCAGAUAAUAUCAACGCGGUACCGGAAAACGUGCUUCUUUGCCGAGUAUUUAGCUACUUGUACGAUCGGGACGGAUUUUGCAGCUUCUUCAACUGCGGUGGAUCAUUUGCAAAUUAUGUCAAUGAGAAUCCAGAAGCCAGUCAAAAGAUAUGGAGGUUGUCGCGGACUGCGUUUCUCUGCUUGCCACGGGAUUGUCUUGGUUCUGGCCUAAAUGCAGUCCCCGAAGUUGAAGAAGCGGCCGUCUUGCAGGUUUACUUUGAACUCAUUCGCAUCCAUCAUAGGAUUAAUAUUUACAGCCAGGGAGGCUCAGACGAUGAGGGUAUGCGGAUCCAGAGACAACUGGGUGUCCUACGAAAGGAACAAUCGUCCAUUUUUCACCGGGUAGGUGUUGAGGAGGAGGGACUUUCUCCAUCCCUCUUGGAACUGGUGACAGUAUCAUUGUUCCAUGCUGUAUGUAUAUAUCUGUGUCGCAGUCGAUCUCCUCUGGGCGACCGGCCUGUCCCAACUGAAGUUCAAUCGGCACUGAGCGACCUCAUCACCACCGCACACCGCACGAUUUCUCGAGGGUCCGUCCAGCUUCUAGAACGAUUUCAAUGGUCGCUCUUGAUAUUGGGCCUUGAGACGAAUGAUCCUAUUCAUUGGGACUGGGUAUGCGUGAAUAUAUCCGACUCUGCGAUACGAGAGGUGUUCCGUGUGUGUCUCCAGGCGAAGAAACGAUCUGGUGGCCGUAUUUCCAUAGCCACACUGCGCGAGUUGGUCAGUGGAGAAGGCUAG